UGUGCAUUGGUGUUUUUCCUGCAUGCGUGUCUGUGUGAGGGUGUCAGCUCCCCUAGAACUGGAGAAUGAGAAGCUUUCACUGUCGGAUGCUGGACUCGCCAUGGCAGGGGCAGAGGGAGGAGGAGGGAGAGAAAGCAGCUGAGGCAGAGUUUAAAAAGGAAGUGGAAGAGAUGGGUAGAAAGGGGUUCCACUGCUCCUAGGGAAGCUGGAGGGGAGACAGACACACUGACAGACAGCAGAACAGGAGGGUCCUCACCAUCUGGGGAGGGUAUUUACUGAAUGUUGUCUCCAAAUUAUAAAUGCCUCAUGAAUGGUCUUCAAUCCCUGGUGCCAAUGGCCCUGGUCACAGCAAGGCCUCAAGAGGGGCAAGGCAGGGCUUGGGUGCAGAUGGGGACCUGUGCAUGGCCUCUGGCAUGAGAGUCCAGGCUCAGCUCGAGACUCCAGGGACUGAAGGGUUGCCUCUUACUCCCUCAGUCUGUGUGUAGAAUGUUGUAGGCCUCAGUGGUUCUAGUUUAUCCUCACACCGACUCACUGACCACAGAGUGGGACUCCACAAAACGUACCUGUAUUCAGGAACACUCAGGCACCCAGGGCUUCUGUGGAGGUAUGUAUGACCCAUGCAUACACUUCUCUAUAGACAUACACCUAUGUGUCUGCAAGAACAUUUACCAUGGCACUGCCCCACCGCAGGAGCUCGGUCCCCUUUUUUUGCACUGGUUUUAAAUUUUGCUUUUCUAUAUGCUGAUUAGACAUUCUAUUUUUUAAAUUACAUUAUUUAUUUUCUAUUUAUUUGGGCAGCGGGCAGUGAGUGUGCUCAUAGAGGUGAGAGAGCAACUUGCAGGAAUUAGUUCUCUCCUACCAUGUGGGGCCAGGGAUUGAACUUAGGUCAUCGGGCUUGGCAGCAAUUACCUUUACCUUCUGAGCCACCUUGCCUACCCUAGACAUUUUUUUUUUAAUAAAGAAAAACAACCAGUAGAAGAAAUAUGAAAACGAAGUCUAGAAACAAAUUAACCUGCCCUAAGCCCCAGACCCCUCAGCAAAAAGAGACCUCAAUAGGAGCAAACUGAGGGGUAUGGUUUUAAAGCUGCAGGCCCAGUCCUAAAAGGCAUAUUGUUAGGGCUUAGGCUGGGCCUUCAGAGAAGCACAGGUGGACGCAUUUAGCAUGUCUCCCUCAGUUCAUUUAGGAGCAAACUCAACCAGGAAAGUCAACACAGGAGAGCAAUCCACGGACUGAAGGAAGAGGAGUUCUUACACCCAUGAGAAAAGUAGCCCUGGGGUCUUCAAAGGCAGCUCACCGGGGCCUCAGAAGCAGCUUCCUCGCAGGCACACUUCAGAGCUGGGUGAAGAAUGCUGGCUUGCUUAUAAAAGGGUCCCACCACGGCCUGCUCCUUAGGAGGGGAGACGGGGACGCAGCAAGGCAGGACCAGAGUCCCAGUGGAGCCAUGCUUGCUGCCUCUGGCUUGCGUCUGACACUGCUCUGCUGGCUGGUUGCACCCCAGCCCACCCAGCCCGAGAGGCUUUUCCACAGCCGGGACCGUUCGGACCUGGAGCCAUCUCCCGUGAGCCAGGCCAAGCCCAUUGCCGACCUCCGUGCUGCUCAGAGAUUCCUAUCGAAAUAUGGCUGGUCAGAGGAGCCUCGCCCAAAGGAGUCAGCAGGGGUCCCUGCGGGCUCCACCUUGGCUCAAGCUGUGCGUAGAUUCCAGAAGGCGAACAGACUGCCAGCCAGUGGGGAACUAGACUCGCCUACACUGGCAGCUAUGAACAGGCCACGCUGUGGCAUCCCUGACACAAAGCUGCCACCUCAGGCUGCCCUGCCAACCCCUUUAGGUCUCCGGCCCAGGGCCCGGCAAAAGCGCUUCCUUCAAAUGCUGCUGCCCAAGCCAGGUGGGCAACAUGAGGGCACCCCAGACACUGGGCCCAGCCGGGCCUUCUCCAAGAAGACACUGACCUGGAGGCUGGUGGGGGAUGCCUACAGCAGCCAGCUCUCCGUGGAAGAGCAGAGGUAUAUCUUUAGACUGGCCUUCAGGAUGUGGAGUGAGGUGACACCCCUGGACUUCCGGGAGGACCUCACUGCCCCUGGCACCAUGGUGGACAUAAAGCUAGGUUUUGGGAGAGGCCGGCACUUGGGUUGUUCGAGGGUGUUUGACGGGAGUGGACAGGAGUUUGCACAUGCCUGGCGUCUGGGUGAGAUCCACUUUGAUGAUGAUGAGCACUUCACCCCUCUCUCCAGUGACACGGGCAUCAGCCUUCUCAAAGUAGCUGUCCAUGAAAUUGGCCAUGUCCUGGGACUGCCUCACACCUACAGGGCGGGAUCCAUAAUGCAACCAAACUACAUUCCCCAGGAGCCUGCGUUUGAGUUGGACUGGUCAGACAGGAAAGCAAUUCAGAGACUAUAUGGGUCAUGUGAGGGAUCAUUUGAUACAGUGUUUGACUGGAUUCGCAAGGAGAGGAACCAAUAUGGUGAGGUGAGGGUGAGGUUCAACACCUACUUCUUCCGCAGUAGCUGGUACUGGCUCUAUGAAAACCGUAACAACAGGACUCGUUAUGGGGACCCUCUCCAAAUUCUCACUGGCUGGCGUGGAAUCCCCAUGCAAAGCAUCGAUGCCUUCGUCCAUGUCUGGUCAUGGGGAAAGGAUGAGCGAUACUUUUUUAAAGGAAAUCAAUACUGGAGAUAUGACAGCGAGAAUGACCAGGCACACACAGAAGAUGAACAAGGAAGGAGGUAUCCCAAAUUGAUUUCAGAAGGCUUCCCUGGCGUCCCCAGUCCCCUGGACACUGCCUUUUAUGAGCGGAGGCAGCAGUUAAUUUACUUCUUCAAGGAGUCUCUUGUAUUUGCUUUUGAUGUCAACCAAAACCAAGUACUUAAUUCUUAUCCAAAGAAGAUGAGCCAAGUGUUUCCAGCAAUAAUGCCACAAAACCAUCCAUUCAGAAACAUCGACUCAGCUUACUACUCUUAUGCACACAGCUCCGUCUUCUUUUUCAAAGGCAAUUCAUACUGGAAAGUAGUUAGUGACAAGGACAGACAACAGAAUGCUCAGCUUCCUAUGAACGGCUUAUUUCCCAAAAAAUCAAUUUCAGAGAAGUGGUUUGAUGUUUGUGAUGUCCAUAUCUCUACACUGAACAUGUAAUGAGAUCAGGACAAUUCAGACAGUGCUAGGACUUAGAAACAGUUCUAAGAGAAAGUCAGACUUCUUUGCAAAGAAAACCAACCAGAUUCUUAGUGGCUAAAGCAAAUAUGGCUUCCCAGGCUAAAACUGAAAAAGAAAGCAUUACUUGAACUUUAAAAAUAGAUUUAAGGACCAGUUACUUGGGGAAAAAGUAUCUUUUAGAAACAUCAAAUAAUUUACCCUAGGGAAUUCCCAUCUUUUCAAUUCCACAUGACCUCUGCCAUCCCAAUAGUACCACCAGUGGUCACAGCGUUGUGUGGUACAGAAAUGGCUUGCUUUCACAGCACUUAAACUGAGGACUGGUCUAGGGUAGGACACAGAAUUGAAAUUAACUAUACUGCACAACACGUUAUAAUGACGUGUUUAACAUUUGACAUGAACCAAAGGUCCCAAUGUGUCUUAGUCAGACCUACAUCUCUGCACUCUGCAGUGGCUGCCUCCUCCUGCCAAAUGCAACUUGUCUGUGCACACAGCUCACCCCAACUGGCUGUGACUUUGAAUGCAUGGCCUUUCUGGCUCACCCUAAAUGCUUGGUGGUCUUCUCUCCCUGCAAAGCAGUGAACACUUAAUUAUGUCCUGCAGGCCAGGCCACACCACAACAGGGCUCUGGAAGCUAGAUGGGUAACUAAUUUUCCUAAUCUAGGACAGGCAUUGUCCUUUAUCUUCUACACAAUAGGGAUUAUGAAUUUUUUGUUUUGUUUUUUUUUUUUCAAGACAGGGUUUCUCUGUGUAGCCCUGGCUUUCUUGGACCUCACUCUAGAGACCAGGUUGGCCUGCCUCUGCCUCCCAAGUGAGAGUACUGAGACUGAAGGUGUGUAUCACCGUCCAGCUGGCUUACAACUUCUUAACACACAAAGCCACUGUCAUAUAACGAUGGUAUCUGGACAAUGAAAUUAACUGAACAAGGUUCAGAAACCUGAGUGGUCAGGCCACAGAGUCUUCUAAAGGAACAGCUAAAACACAUGUACUUCAGGAAACUUUAAUUUAAACCAACAUAAGUAAUUACAACACAUUUGAGAAGGAUGUUUUAUUUUUUCCUGCAGAAAUUUUCAUGUUAUUGCUAUGACAAGGGAAAGAGCCAAAUUCCUACUUCCUUGGUUAAAAACCAUCUUCCUUCGAUCUGAAGGCUUUUCAGCUGAGGAGAAGGGCUAGGAGACAAGCAGUCCCAACAUCCCAGCUCAUUUCUAGGGAAGCAGGGGGAAAUCCUGAUGAGUUCAUCUGCUCCAGAGGUGCUAUGCUCAGUGGAAGCAGCCAGGUCAACAAAGGGCUGUGUGUUACUGUGUUCACACUCACUGCAAGGGUAAAGGGACAAAGUAGUCCUGAAAUGGGACUGCUGAGUUGGUUCAAAAGCUUUACAAUUUCACCAAAACUUUAAGGGUUUCAGUGAUUAAUUCUUGUAAACAGACGAAAAUGUGCUCCAAGGACAAUGCAAACCAAACAAGAACUAGACAAAUGGCUAGAGAAUCUGCCUUUGCUGCAAUGGAGGCCAGCUGAAGUGAGAGAAACCCAUAGCUGCAGGCGUGGCUGGUGUGGGAGAGGCUGCACAGUGACUGGACACCAGAGUGUCACCCAAGCAGAAGAGUCUGCUUGAUUUACGUGCUGCACACUUCCUUGAAACUAUUAGUCACAGCCCCAUAUGCAGUCAGCUUUGGUAAUGGGAGAGGAUGAAGGCAUGCAAGUGGGCAAGAUCCCUAGAGCAGCAUGGCACAAGCAGAAUGUUCCAGGAGCAUGAAUGGGUGGCAGACCUUUACCUUGAACAUUAUUAUCUAGGUUGUACUUCAUCAAGUUUUGCUAAUCACAAGCAAAUCAAAUCACAGCAAUGUGAAGAAUGCAAGUGGGAAAUACCAAGGUAUGUUAAAUAAAUAGCUUAUUUAUUCAAAAUAGUUCUCUUACCUUAUUCACAGUUUCAAGUUUAAAAUGAAAAAAUGAUAGAUAGUACCUAUUCUUUACCAAUAUCACAUAAAGUCAAAGAAAAGUGAGUCCUUUUGGAACAUGCACUGAAUAGAGACCUGCACAAUUACCAGUCUUUGAAAAAUCCUGCACCACAGCUUAGAGGGUACACUUUUUGUGCAAUUUAGAAGGAAAUGCUGAUGUGCAGAGUUUCUACUAGCCAUUUGAACCCGUAAAGUCACUUGGAUAAAAGUUUUCUUAGCCAAAGUAACAUUUUAUCCAAAAUAAUCUCAUCUUCCACCUGGUGGUUUAACACACUGAAGACUAUUUGCAAGUGUAAUCUCAUCAUAGGAAGUGUGCUAUCACGGAGGAACCAUGUACGUUUCUAGGAAAUACACUGGGAAGCUUUUGGUUCCAUUCUGGUUUUUCACCUUUCAAAGGAAGAAG